UGAGGCUCCUCAGCUCCACCUCAUCCUUCCACUUCACCAUAAAUGACUGACAUGGAACCAAUGGAAAAAGAUAUAUUGGGAAUUACGUCAUGUAAAUUGUCGCGCUUGGUGUGAACUGGCCCUUUAUUCUGAAGGCCGCUGUGCCUGAGCUUCCUCCACCUGUCGCCCUGCUGGCCGAGGCAGGAAACCCCAUUCCAGUGAGUCCGCUCACUGCUGCCACAGUUUCAAGCUUCCCCGCAGGGAACCGGUGUAAAUACUGUGUUGCCAGGUUGGAGAGAAAGCCACAUUUUAGCGGAAGACUCUGUGUAGCGCUGUGGUGUGUUCCCGCCGUGCAAGCGCCUUGAUUUGAGGGACAGAAGGAACCGGAUCUGGACUCCGGGAAGAACACAAGUAUCAGCUGGAACGGAUUUCAAAACACGGUAGUGCUGAGGGAUAAAUGACUGACGAAGAUGAGACAAGGGCGUUUAUUCGUUGAAUUUUCCCACCGCUGGAUGGGUGACAGUUUAUGAUGAGUGUGUGUGUGCUGUCAGGUGAUCUUCGCUGUUCUGUCUGGAAGCCGUAGCGGUGGAUUUAUGCAGAAACCACAGACGCUUCCUCCUUCCACCGUCCUAAGGAUUGACGGCUGGCCUGACAUCAUUGGCUGAAUCAUCGCCUUCAUCGGGGGGGUCCAGGGAUGCUGUCACUGUCACUGCAGCCUUAAAAUACCACAGACAAACCCACACGGACACACACACACACCCGCCCAGCCCCGGCGUGUCUCUGUUCUUUGAGAUCCCUAAGCCGUGGAUUCUUUGGAGCCAGCAUGGAGGAGAUCCUGCGGAAGCUGCAGAAAGACGCGUCCGGCCACAAGCACAAAGCCAUCCGCGACGCCUGCGUCUACGCCUGCGAAACCCUUGAGUCUCAGAAUGGAUCAGCCAAGAUUUCCCCUUCACAACUUCGAGAGCGCUGUCUGCUGCCGCUACAGAUGGCUCUGGAGUCUAAAAACACCAAACUGGGACAGACAGCCCUUACUGGAAUGCAGAAGCUCCUGUGCGAGGACAGGUUUGUGGGUGGGGUCGCCGUGGAGGUGGAGGUUCUGGAGAAGCAGCUGCUCAGUCAGAUGUUGGAGGCCAUCAGAGUCACCCCAUCUCUCCAUGAAGACCUGCAGGUGGAAGUCAUGAAGGUCCUGCUGUGUAUCACCUACUCACCAAACUUUGACAUUAAUGGAGACUCCAUCCUCCGUAUUGCUGAGGUGUGUAUUGAGACCUAUGUGUCCAGCUGUCACCAGCGCAGCAUCAACACAGCGGUCAGAGCCACGCUAAGCCAGAUACUGGGAGACCUGACGCUUCAGCUACGACACAGACAAGAGGGUGCAGAUGGAGACGAGGUGACUGCACUGCCACUGCACAGAAGAGAUAUUUCUCCUACCAGCCAGGCUCUGUGUGAAGAUGUGGUGACGGUUCUGACAGUUUUCUGUGAAAAGCUGGAGUCAGUGGACAGUGGCUUUCAGCUCCUGCAGCUCCUCUACCUGGAGUGCAUCCUCUCCAUGCUCAGCAGCUGUCCUCCCACAAUGCACCUAUCCAGAGGUUUCACCGACCUUGUAUGGAAGCAGCUGUGUCCGUCCCUCGUGGCUAUCAUGGGAAAUCCUGUCAAUGACAAAACCAUCGCUUCCCACCACGGCUACAUGGGGGCGCCAGACCGAGACCGUUUCUCAGACAGACUCAGUCUAGGGAUCAGCCAGGAGGGGGACUCCUCUGGUGGAGGGGUAUCCGACCAAGGCAGAGGGUCCGGCUGUUCCUCCAGCGCCCCCGCCAGGAUUGCACCAGUAGUGCGGACAGUGUGUUACAUCGCCGCGGAGCUUGUGCGCCUGGUGAGCUGCGUGGAGUCGAUGAAACCGGUGCUGCAGUCGCUCUACCACAGGAUCCUGCUGUACCCGCCUCCUCAGCACCGCACCGAGGCCAUCCGCAUCAUGAAGGAGAUUCUGGGCAGUCCCCAGCGACUGUACGACCUAGCCGGUCCAUGCGUGGCUGAGCCUGAAACCAGGAAGCGCUCCUUCUCAAAGAGGAAGUCUCACCUGGACCUGCUAAAACUAGUGAUGGACGGGAUGACAGAGGCCUGUAUGAAGGGAGGCAUUGAGGCGUGUUACUCUUCCGUCUCCUGUGCCUGCGCUCUCCUCGGGGCGCUGGAUGAACUGUCGCAGGGCCGUGGCAUCCAACCCGAACAGGCUCGGCUUCUUCUCAGACGACUGGACGAUCUGAAAGAUGGGACAGAGUCGACACGCGAGUCCAUGGAGAUCAACGAGGCCGACUUCAGAUGGCAGAGACAAAUCCUGUCCUCUGAGCAGGCUCCCUUGGACCCGAGCUCUUCUUCCUCCAACAUGGCCACCACUGGGACCACCGAGCGCAGCCCUGACGUUAGCAUCAGCAUCACCACUGAAACGGGCCAAACCACCCUGGAUCUGGAGGUGGGGGAGCUUGGCCUGGGUCACACCACUCCUGAGGAGUGUGGGGAGGACGCACGCCUCCCCUCGCCCUCAUCCUGUGGUGGUCAGGAGGGGACCAAAUGUGAACCGAGCCUUGAGCCGGACCAGGAGAGCCAACGGGAGGAGGGAAGAGGUGCAGGGGAGGUCGAGGGAAGAGGAGAGAAAGUAAAAGCAGGACGAGGGGGUGGAGGAGUAGCAGGGGGAGAGAGAGGAGGUGUGGUUCCUCCAGAUGUGGUGCAGCGAAGUCAUGCCCUCGUCUACCCCGACAUCACCAACUUCCUGUCUGUGGAGUCCAGGACCAGGUCACACCACGGAGGAGGGUCACGAUACAGCGAGAGCAACUUCAGUAUGGAAGAGCAGGACUUGUCGCGGACGGAGUUUGACUCAUGUGACCAGUAUUCCAUGGCUGCCGAGAAAGACUCAGGGCGCUCCGAUGUGUCAGACAUCGGCUCUGACAACGUCUCGCUGGCUGACGAGGAGCAGCAGACCCCUCGCGACUGCCCGGGCCACCGCUCCCUGCGCACCGCUGCCCUGUCCCUGAAACUGCUCCGCAACCAGGAGGCCGACCAGGAGAGUGCCAGGCUGUUCGUCCAGUCACUUGCAGCGCUGCUGCCCCGGCUGCUGGGACUGGCCACCGCCACGGAGGUGGACCUGUCACUACAGAACUUCUCCUCCACCUUCUGCUCCGGGCUGCAGGCUGGUGGGAUCCACUCUCCAGGUUUCGAGACAGGUGACACUCUGAGCUGUCAGUCUCUGAUGAACGCAGACGGCCUCUACCUGGUGGCGUUCUACGCUCUACUGCUCAACCUCAAACUUUGCUGCUGCGACUACUUCAGACGGCGAACACUCGCACCCGUCCUCAGCCUGAAGGAGUUUGUGCGUCUGAUCCAGAGCAGCGGAGUCCUUGUGGUUCUGUCUCAGGCCUGGAUCGAGGAGCUCCACCACCAGGUGUUAGAGCGCAACCUGCUGGCUGAGGCCGGGUACUGGGGCUCGCCAGAAGACCACACACUGCCGCUCAUCACCAUGCUGACAGAUAUUGAUGGACUGGGCAGCAGUGCGAUUGGAGGUCAGCUGAUCAGGAGGGCGUCCAGCCGAUCACCACUCAGCUGUGACAAGGCUGGCAGUGAGACUGUGAUGGCAGGAGCUGUGUUCUCCCGCUUCAUCCUCACCGGUGUUUGGAAGAAUCUGAUCGAUGUGCUGUCCACGCCGCUGACGGGCCGCAUGGCGGGCAGCUCCAAGGGCCUGGCCUUCAUUCUGGGAGCAGAGGGGGUCAAAGAGCAGAGCCAGAGGGAGAGAGACACCAUCUGUCUGAGUUUAGACGGCCUACGCAAAGCUGCUGCACUCAGCUGCGCCUUGGGUGUGGCAGCCAACUGUGCGUCAGCUUUAGCCCAGAUGGCUGCAGCCUCCUGUGUGCAAGAAGAGAAGGAGGAGAGGGAGUUGGGAGAGACGGGAGACGCCAUCACACAAGUGAAGCAGCGUGUUGAGCAGCGUCUGGAGCAGAUCGGUCGUCCUCAGGGAGUUCGCCUCCACACGGCUCAUGUGUUAUGUAUGGACGCCAUCCUGAACGUAGGACUGGAGAUGGGUAGCCACAACCACGACUGCUGGCCACAUGUCUUCAGGGUGACUGAGUACAUCAGUUCAUUGGAGCACACCCACUUCAGCGACGGCUCCUCACAGCCGUCCUCUUUGACCACCAUCACCCAGCAGACCCAGCAGGUAGCCGGCGUGGACCUGGGGCUGGAGAUGAGCUGCGAGCCCAGCCCGGAGGCCUCGGAGCUGGGCCUGAGCCAGCCGGUCAUCCAGCCUCUGUCCAUCCAGGAGCUGCUGAGGGAGAGCAGCAGAGGAGGCCGAGGUCUGGAUCUGAAGAGCGGCAGCCUGAUGACUGGGACCAGUGCUGCCAAGGCUGUGUGUACUCUGUCAACACAGGCGGACAGGUUGUUUGAAGAAGCAGCUACCAAGCUGAACCUGGUUGGUCUGGUCGGCUUCUUGCAGCAGCUCAGGAAAGCUUCUCAGUCUCAGCUGUUUGACUCUGUUACUGAGACUGGAGACUAUUCACUGGCAAUGCCAGGAGAGGCCAAGUCAACGCUGGACCGACGCAGUGCUCUCCAUCUCUUCCGUCUGGGCGAGGCCAUGCUGCGGAUCGUCAGGAACAAGAACCGACCUCUGCUCCACAUGAUGAGGGCCUGGAGUGUUGUGGCCGCACAUCUGGUGGAGGCGGCAUGUCACAAAGAGCGGCACGUAUCCCAGAAGGCUGUUUCCUUCAUCCAUGAUGUUCUGACGGAGGUGCUGACAAGCUGGGCGGAGCUUCCACACUUCCACUUUAACGAGGCGCUGUUCAGGCCCUUUGAACACAUCAUGCAGCUGGAGCUCUGUGACGAGGACGUACAGGACCAGGUGAUAACAUCAAUAGGCGAGCUAGUGGAGAUGUGUUCUCCUCAGAUCCUGUCAGGAUGGAGGCCUCUGUUCAGCGCUCUGAGGACCGUCCACAGCAGCAAGACUGACACUAAAGACUACCUGCUGGGAGAAUACUCCAUGGGGAAGUCCCAGGCUCCAGUGUUCGAUGUCUUUGAGGCUUUCAUCAACACUGACAACAUCCAGGUUUUUGCCAAUGCUGCCACUGACUACAUCAUGUGCCUCAUGAAGUUCGUCAAAGGCUUAGGAGAGGUGGACUAUAAGGAGAUUGGAGACUGUGUCCAUGUGUCGGGUUUCAGCUCCACUGACCUCUGCCUGCCUGCUCUCGACUACCUCCGCAAAUGUUCGCAGCUGCUGGCAAAGAUCUACAAGAUGCCGUCCAAGCCAGUGUUCCUGGGGGCGCGGCUCGCCAGCCUGCCAAUGAGAUCACAGGAACGCUCAAUCAGCACUGAGGACGGGAUGGACUGUGUCCUGCAGGAGUUUGAUGAUGACACAGGUCUGAUCCAAGUGUGGAUUUUGUUACUGGAGCAGCUCACAGCAGCAGUGUCAAACUGUCCUCGCCAACAUCAACCUCCAACCCUGGAGCUGCUCUUCAGUCUGCUCAGAGAGGUCACCACUGUACCAGGUCCGGGGUUCGCCAUCUUCUCCGUCAUCCAGCUGCUGCUUCCUGUGAUGUCGCUGUGGCUGCAGCGUAGCCAUGGCGACCACUCCUACUGGGAUGUGGCGGCUGCAAACUUUAAACACGCCAUUGGCCUGUGCUGCGAGCUGGUGGUGGAGCACGUCAACAGUUUCAUACACUCAGAUAUUGGUUACGAGUCUCUGAUCAACCUGAUGUUGAAGGAUCUGUUCAAGCUUCUGGUGGCCUGUGUGUCUGAACCUGCAGAGACCAUCUCCAGAGUGGGCUGCUCCUGCAUCAGGUAUGUUUUGGUCACAGUGGGUCCAGUGUUCACUGAAGAAAUGUGGAGGUUGGCCUGCUGUGCUCUGCAGGACGCUUUCUCUGCUACGUUAGAACCUGUCAAGAACCUUCUAGCGUGUUUUCAUAGCGGUUCAGACAGUUUUUCUGGAGACGCCUGUGAGGUGAAGGUGGCGGCUCCGUCCCACUCUCCUUCAGCUGAGGCUGAGUACUGGAGGAUCAAAGCAAUGGCUCAGCAGGUCUUUAUGUUGGACACCCAGUGCUCUCCAAAGACGCCCAACAACAAGGAGGGCUUUGAGCACGCUCAGUCUUGCGUUCUCAUCAUCGAGCUGCCGUCUGACCAGCAGUCCAACGGACACACUCAGAAGAGGAAAAUUGGGAUCCCGUUCAGGACCAUCGUGGUGAGCCUGUUGUCCCACCAGGUCCUGCUCCAAAACCUCUAUGACAUCUUGCUGGAGGAGUUCGUCAAGCAGCCCGACGGUCACGAAAGGGUCACACCUGUAACCUCUGACCCCAGCAGAACCACAGCAGGCUUCCUGCGCUACAUCUCCAUGACUAAUUUAGCCAUAAUCCUGGAUCUGCUGCUGGACUCUUACAGGACAGCGCGGGACUUUGACACUCGACCAGGUCUGAAGUACCUGUUGAUGAAGGUGUCGGGUGUUUGUGGAGCGGCUAAUCUUUACCGUCAGUCUGCCAUGAGCUUCAACCUGUACUUCCAGGCCCUGCUGUGUGCCACACUGAGCCAAGCUGACAGCAUGACCGCACAGCAGGUGAAGAGGAUCCUGUAUGAGGAAGAGGAGGGGAGCUCUGACUCCUCUCACCCUGGCUCUGCCUCCUCAGAGGACGAAGACAUCUUUGAAGAAACAGCACAGGUCAGCCCCCCCCGCGGCCGGGAUAAACGUCAUCACUGGCGAGCCCCCAUCCCAUCGCUCAGCGUGCAGCCGCUGGGCGGCACAGACUGGGCCUGGCUGGUCAAACGCCUCUACAAGCUGUGCAUGGAUCUGUGUAACAGCUACAUCCAAAUGCACCGGGACCUGGAGAGCACCCUGGAGGAGACAGUGCUCCUGAGAGGAGGAGUAGGAGGAGGAGGAGAUCACGUCUUCUUCCUGCCUCUCUUCCAGUCUGAGACUUCCACACCGACAUCGGCAGGUGGGCUUUCGGCGAGGGGGACGCCAUCAGAGGAAGGCGGGUACAGGUGUCAGGCCACGGACACGAGCGCAGCAUCACCAGGAGACACACCUACACCCAGCCCAGGAUUCAGCUGCACAGGCAGUCUGCCCCACCACUUCCGGACUGGAGGCGAGAGGAGGGACUCUGGCAUCACAGGAAGCUCAGUAGAAGGAGCUCCUGGCAGCGCUGGACCGGGAAGGAGAAAGGAAUGGUGGGAAAGCGCCGGGAACAAACUGUACACCAUCGCCACGGACAAAACCAUCAGCAAGCUGAUGAUGGAGUACAAACGCCGGAAACAACAGCAGCAGCAGCCGCAGCAGUGCCACGUCAACCUGUUCAUGAAGGAGCAGGGCCGGGGGGGGGCACCGGGAGGAGGCGUCGGGGAGAGGAGGGGCCCCGUGGAGCCACAAAGGCCCCCGCAAAGGCCCCAGCAUCUGGUGGAUCAGCAGGGUCCCUCUUUGAGGCACUCAGUCAGUGCAGGACCUGAGGUCUUGAGGCAGGAGAAGAGACCACGGUCAGGAUCCACCAUCAGCUCCCACAGCAUCUCACUAAGGGACUCUGAGGCUCAGAUACAGGCGUGGACCAACAUGGUCUUGACUCUCCUCAAUCAGGUCCUCCUCCUGUCAGAUUCCUCGUUCCUGGCGCUCCAGCCGGCGCUCUACCCCUGCCUCAGCCAGCUCUCCUGCCACGUGACCGACGCCCGCGUCCGCCAGGCACUGCGUGAGUGGUUGGGCCGCGUCGGCAGACUCUAUGACAUCAUUCUGUGACAUCAGCAAAGAAAUGCAAAAGCGUCUGACGAAGAGCGCAGUCUGUCGGUCAGUGGAGGACAUAAACGCAUGACAGCUGAAUUAGAUUGGUUUGAUGCCAUCGUGUGACGGUGCCGCUCUGCAGUAGACUGAUGAAGGGUUUGAUUGGCUGAUGACAUCAUACUGUCUAACAUCAUAAUGUCACAAUGUAACAGACUGGUGGAAGGUAACAGGCUUAACUAAGAGAUGAGAGAACUGAUUGGUAGUGUCUGAUGUUAUCAUAUGGAUUUGUGGCACUUUUGAAGAAUGGGGAGGACAUUGGCGAACAUCAUGUGACAUUAAGUUGGAGGAUUUGAUUGGCUGCUGAAGGAUGUGGUGAAAAGAAUGAAGGAUUUAGUUGGCUUGUGAAGGUUUCUUUGUGUAUGAUGGAAAUGAUUUGAUCAUUAAUGUGCCAUUUCUGCCUCUUGUUCCUCAGUUGAAGUUUUUCAUUUCCACACACACAAAACAUGCAAGAGAGAACACGCACACACGCGCACACACACACACACACACACACACACACACAGUGACAAAGCUUUUAAAUGUGAUUUGCUUGUUAUCAGUUGUGAAAAACUUACUUUGGUUCAUCCUAAUGUGGAUGCAGACAUAAAUGUUAACAUGUGCGAUGAAUUAUAAUUAUUAUAGUUCACUUUUCCCUUGACCCCAGCAACACUUUUUAAAGGUACCCUGUGGAGUUUUCUUGUAAACAAACAUAGCUCUAUUUACAUGCAGAGUAUUGCUGAAUUUCUUAGUACGCUACUGUCAACAACUGUCAGUUUGAUGUUUCACCUGUUCAACAUCUUCAUGUUUUAUGGCUUCAAUACACUAACUAAACAUUUGCACUACUGCCGUCUGCAGUCAGCAGGAAUGUGCAUCACGUCGAGCUGACGAUGAGUCUACGCCUGUCGUAUGAAACGUGCUAUAUAAAUAAACUUGACUUGACUUGACAUCACCCUUGUGCAUGUGUGCAUAAAUGCAAGUGCUAGCAGAGCAUGGGAUACAAACAAAACAGAGACUCGCUCAGCAAAACAUUGCUCCAUGGCACCACGAGUGGUCAAAAACUCUACAGGGUACCCUUUUUACAACCUGGGGCGUAUUUUCAUCUGCGUUUUGGCCAUCAUUACUACUGGUUAUGAUAACGAUGGGGAAUGACAAUAAGAACUGUGCGUGGCCUACUAAUUCACUUCCUCAACAGAUAAUGCAAGGAGGAAAAAUAUACUAUGUCUCAGUCCUGCCCCACAAUCUUUGACUGACAGGUAAUCUCUGAGAAAUGUGCAUGGUCACUACAGCGACAGAUCACUCGCAUCAGAAAUCCAGCUAAAAUUAGCUCACCGUGUUUAAAGCUGAAAAUGCAAACUUAAAAUACUGUUAUAUGUAUGUCUUUUAUUUCUUCAGAAUCAGAGAGUGAGGCCACAUUACAGCAGGUGGAGACUUGUUUCGCAUUUGAUCCGAUUGUAUAUGAAUGUUUGUUCCCUCCAUGCAUUUUCUGUAUCCAGCUUUAAAUACCGUGCAGUCUCCCUCACCUUCAACUGAAUGUCUUUUAUUAUUAUUCACUCUUAAACCUUCUGGAAUGUUUAAACUAAAUGGAGCAAUCAAGUAUUUAUUUUAAUACCACAUACAGCUGGUGUAUUUUAAUGUUUAACGCCUAUACUACUUUUGCUGUUUAUGUGUGUACAUGUAUUUAUGUAAAUGCUUUAUUAUUUAAAAUAUUUCAUGUGUCAUAAUUAGCAUUUUCUAUUUAUUUUUUGAGAGUUGCUUUUUUCACAUUUUACCACUUGAUGCAGUGCUUACACUAGGCCAGCAGGGCGGGGAGGGCGGGGAGGGCGGGGCACCUUCUUUUUUCACCCAGUCUGAGGGUUUGUCCUUUUCAUCCGCACUCAUUGCUCUCUCUCUUCACCGGCUUCCUCAGUUCCUCUGCUGCUUCAUUCACUGUCUCAUUUGGUCCUCUUUGCCAGCUGUCUUUCUGAAUAUGGAGCUCCAAACCACCUAAGUGGCACCUAAAAACAACACGAUUCUGCACGUUACAGGGGUAAUCUUUAAAUAUCACCAGAGCGUGUGCGCCAGUAUACAACGCUAGAUACUGAAGGAGGUAGUGAAGAGAUGUAGGCCAGAGUAUAGUGUACGUACUGUAGCAUCUCUAACAUCACCCAUGGGUUUCUGAAGAGACCUUUUGAAGUCGAGUUUCCGUUUAGGCUUCACCACCGUCUUUGUCACAAGAGCCUAAAAAUCUUAAUUUGGGCAAUGUGGUAAACACCAUGACUGAACAUGACAGUGCUGAUUCUCCAAACUCCUCUUACCACGUGCCCCGAUCUACUAAACUAAAAAGACUUAUCAUAACAAAUACACUUUUGUCUGUAAAAGUGCAGCUUUAAAUUACAUUUUUCUGUUUAAUGAGCAACUCUACAGUACUCAAUCUAAUCUGGAAAAAGGCAAAGAGCUUCCAUUGCAAUAAACAAAAGCCUGGGCCCAGAAUCAUUUAAUCAUACAUUAAAGUGGCUGUAUAUUUCAUUAAUAAAAAAUAAGUGGAUUUAGUGUUGAGGUACUCUUUAAACAAAUGUUUAAAGAUCACUGAUGUGGAGCUCAACAAAACACUUAACAUUUUACAAAAUUUCACUUUAACAGAAUAUCACUUUCAUUUCCUUAUCCCACCUGACCGGCAGACACGCUGCCACACUGAAGUAACAUCAGAUAACUGAAUCUCAGAAAGUUUGGCGCUGAAAAACAUCACCCCAGUUCCUACUAGGAAGUCUAUCUUGUAGGAGUCAUUUCUGACUGUCCAGUAAAUGACAAACAGCUUUAGUAUGGCUCGCCUCUCUGUCCUGUCCUGUCUCCUGUCCCUCAGCCCCUCCCAGUGUCCCUGACCUGUCCCCAUUUGUCCUUAUUCCCUGCCCUCUGAGGGCGAGCAGCGAGUGGACAGAUGUUGGCGGCCAUCAGCGUGAUCAGCAGCAGUGAAGGAUUUAGUUGGUGUUAAGUCCAUGACGGCGUUUCCAUCUAAAAAAAGGCAGUCGACUAAUGUGUCAUCAUCAUGCAACAGUUCUCCACCAAUAGCUUGUGUUGAUUUCUACUUUGCCUGGUUUUCAUUCAGUCACUCACUCUGAUGAUUUGUUUGUGUGUCUAUGCUUCGUAUGUUAACCUCCAAAGAUGAGAUCAAUCUUUUGUCUGCACUUCUGAGUUUUACUACUAAUGUAUAUUUGACAUAGUGGCGCUGAGAUUAAGAUGAGAUUGAAUCAUGAAUGCAGAGGUUGUGGCACGCUGAAGAUCAUCACGAGCACAAACUUCAUCUGCACUCUAAGCAGAUUUGAUUCACUUGGGUAUAGCUCAAUUCUGAAGAGAGGCUCCAAUCCAUCCUUUGUCAUGUGCUCCCUCAGCAGAUUUUAUGAGAGUCUUUGUUAGAUUUAAGCUCUUAUUGCUUUCUGAUUUUUAACAGCUCCUUCUUGUGUCCUUGUGCUGGGAAACUGUAAUCGCAUUUCUACUAAUAGUUUACAGUAAAAUCAUCUACAUUUUAGUGUCUCAUUGUGCAGUCGGGGGAUUAUUGGGACUCUAAACAGAUUGAAGAGGCAGUGACCUAGUAUACUUGCUUUGCUCAGAGCUCAGACAGAUUGCUAGUGUAUUUAAAAAAAAGAAAAACUUACUGAAAAAGUGUAAAAAAAAAAAAAAAUUAAAAAAAAAUCUUUAGUUGAAGAGGUUUUGCUUGAAAAGUUUGAAACUAGUUUUGGAGAACUCAGUAGGUGGAUGAGUGAUUUGGCUGACAGUCUGGCUGGAUACAUCACUUUCUGAUGUUUUAGUUUGCAGGGAGGCUGAGCGACUGUCUGUCUGUCUGAGAGCGUAGAAGUGAAGGCAAAGCAGCUUUGACUACGUUGCCCUGUUGUCAGACACUGACAGAAAGUAUAUACAUGACCCAGACAUCUGACACAGUUUGUAAAGUGGAAGAUCACAUGACAGAGGGCGUCAUGAGAACAAAUAGAACCAGAGAAAUAGAAGGUACAACCAGUUAGAUAAAGGGAAAUCAUUGCUCAAAUAGGAAUAUUUAGACUUUACAAUCAAGUUGUUAGAAUUGUUGUUUACAUUUUGAUUAGAUUUAUUUCUUGCUUAUUUAUUUCUAUACAACAUAUUUUAAAAUCAGCUGUGUCAUUAGAAGCUUUAUCACCUUACUGCUGUGAGAAGGUUGGUACAUUCGCUUAGCCGUCCUCUGGUGCUCCUGUCCUCGUCUUUGACGUACAGAUCUUUAUCAAACAUGCUUGAUAUUGUCAUCGAUGGUUGUCGUUGAGUGUUGCUAUGACAUCAAGACAGAUAUUGCGCUCAAAAUUGUGGGAUGUCUUUGUUCAAACAUGAAGAUUGAAAUGGCACCUUAGUUAAGUUGCAGUGGGACUUGCGAGCCACUCCACUGAUUUUACUCAUCAUGACGAGUACUACUCAGCCUGUGAAAACCGUUGUCGAAUGUCUUCUGUGGCUCUGGGAGCAGCGUUUCAAAGCCUGAGAAAAUGUCUCUGCUUGGGUUUGGUGACUACAAAUGUAUAGCAGAAAACCUGCGUUACAAACUGUGGGCAUGAAGUUUGACAGAUGUGGACUUUUAUCGGCACGGAUGGUCUAACAAAAGAUUACGUUGAGUUGCAUUGUGGAAAAUGUUGGAUACAGUGGUUUUGGAGCAUGAUUCAUACUAAGGACUAAAAGUCAGGAUAUCUCGGCCUCAUGGUGCUUUCAUUUUGAGCAUUUUUUUUUAUUUUAUUUGUCUCUCGCCAUGGAAGUGACAAACCAAAUCACUGAUGUACCCCUUUAAAUUGAACUCUCAUAAAACAUGCAGUAAAUAACGAAUAGUAUGGCAGUAAGUACUCACCUUACUUACCUACGGGCCAGUAUGGCUACUAAGUGUGCUUAAAUAAAAUAAAUAAAUAAAUCUACUUGCCUUGUUGGUUUAGAUAACAUUGGACUAGAUUUUGUGUUUUCACAUUGCUGAGCUUCUGUCUGAACGGUCUCUUCUGUAAUCUCUGAUUUUUUUAACUUCACCUUAGUUUAAACUUUCUUAACCAGAAAAAGAGCUCCACUUGCUGCACUUGAACUUGACACUGACAAGAUUGUUGAUCUUUAUUCCGUUAAGGAAGUGUAGGUAUAGGUUCUUCACGCCAAAGACAAGGUGUUAAUGUGCGUGCUUGUGUGUGAGGUGUGUCAACCAAACUUGGCACAGAAGGUAUAAAACAGGGUUGGACUUCAAACAAGAUGGCACCUGAAUAUUUAAUGUAAACACAACCCUUGAAUGAUUAAAACUCACGGGUAGGAGAGACUGUGUGUGAUUCUCAGGCUGGUUUUGAAACGGUUAAAAUGUACGACGUAUCCUUCAGUAUCCCUGCAGAUGAAUGUGCAGAAGGUUCCUGAUAUGAAUACAGGCUUUCUGCACAUUCAUUCAGGUGCUUAGUUUGACCGUUUGCUUCCUUCGCUGACCUUGAACGCUCCGCUGCCGGACUGACAUCAGCAGGUCAGCUAAUGUUGUGACUGUGAUUUCUAAAAGUGUUUUUUUUCUGCUUUUGAUAUCAAAGACAAGCACCUGUAAUCUCUGCUCCUGAAGUUUCUAACCUGCUCUGGCUUUCCUCUUUUCUCCUGAGCUCAGUUUUACAGUUGUGUAACUGCUGUAUGUUUCAAAGCGCUCUUUCAGGAGGCCUGUCUGCUCUGUGUGUUGUACAAUAAAAGCAGUUUAUCUCA